AUGGUUCCUAAAGUAACAUACAGUGAUCUCGUCAUCAUCGGUGCUGGUCCGGCCGGGCUCAUGGCGGCUGCUUGGGCAAGUCGUCUGGGAUUCAACGCGCGGAUCCUCGAUGAUAAAGUUGACAGGGUACAAACCGGUCGGGCGGACGGUCUCCAUGUGCGUACUUUGGAGAUACUCGACAGCUUUGGGCUGGCGAAUGCAAUCAAUGAAAAGGCCUAUCAACUGCGAGAGAUCUGCUCCUGGAAUCCGGAUCCCGAAGACGAAAGCAAAAUCAAACGAACGGAGCGGGUUCGGGCCAAGGAAGAAGAGCAUGGCCGGUUCUGUCAACUGGGCAUCCAUCAAGGUUUCAUUGAGCAGAAUUUCAUUGAUUUCCUGCGAAGAGAAGGUCGUUUGAAUGUCGAGAGAAAUACGACGACUAAAUCCCUUCAACUAGAUGAAGCUCUGACGACCGACCAUGCCGCUUAUCCGAUCUGUCUACGGAUCGGACGAAGCACGGUCGCAACGAAUAGAGACACAGCAGAUCAAGGCUGGCGACCACCGCAGGAAGAGAUCAUAAAAGCUCGAUACCUGGUAGGUGCAGAUGGCGGGCACAGCUGGACUCGUGAUCAGGUUGGCCUCAGGCUAGAAGGUGGCAAGACGAAAGUGCACUUUGGGGUCGUGGACAUUGUCCCUAUCACCGACUUCCCCGAUAUACGCAUCUCAUGCUCCAUUCACUCCACGAAGACCGGCAGCACGAUGACAUUUCCCCGCGAAGAUCGGCUCGUUAGAUUCUAUGUUCAACUGGCCGAGACAGGCAGCGAAGGCGAUGACUUUGACACAAGCAAGGUCACUCCGGAAAUGAUUACAGAAAAGGCCUCCAAGAUAUUGAGUCCGUACAAGCUGUCAUACAAACACUGCAAUUGGUGGUCGGUAUAUACCGUGGGUCAGCAGUGUGCUCCCAGUUUCAGCAAAGACGGUCGGGUCUUCCUGGUCGGCGACGCAGUCCAUACGCAUUCCCCCACAAUGGGUGCAGGAAUGAAUGUGUCCAUGCAAGACUCUUACAACCUGGUAUGGAAGCUCGGCCAAGUCAUCAAAGGUAUCGCAAAGCCUGACAUUCUCGACACGUACAACGCCGAACGACAAUCGGUCGCACAAACCCUGAUAGAGAUGGAUCGAGAAAUGUGCGAUUUCUAUGAGAAAGGGGCGGGCUCGGAUGCACACAACUACGACGAGUUCUAUGAGCGGUUUCGAACGUUUCUCAGUGGAGUUGGUGUGGAAUAUGGCCCCAAUGCCUUGGUUGUACCAGCACGCGAAGACGAGUCAAGAGAUUCCAAAUCUUGUCCCGAUCUCGACAAUUCAAGACAAACUCGAGGGCUCUCGAGGCGGUCAUUAGCGAGCAAGAUACCCAUUGGACAGCGACUACCCUCUUUUCUGGUACUGAAUCAUGCGGAAGCUAAUAUAGUCCAUGUCCACUCGAUGCUGCCAGCCGAUGGCCGCUGGCGUCUGUUAGUGCUCGCGGGCGAUAUAAGCAAAGCCUCACAGAUGGCACGCUUACGGACUCUGUGUGAGCGCAUGGAUGCACCUUCAUCGUUUCUCCGGACGUACACACCAGCAGGCGACAAGGUCGACUCGGUCAUCGAGGUCUUGACCAUACACGCCGCUCCCCGGCACAAGGUCGAGUUAUUCAGCCUACCCGAGCUCCUGCGCCCUUUCGACCCAAAGCUUGGAUACGACUAUUGGAAAUGCUUUGCGAACAAUAACGCAGGAGACGAAGGAGACUUUGACGAUGCAUAUGCGAAAUGGGGAGUCGACAAAGAUGAGGGUUGCCUCGUAGUCAUCCGGCCCGACCAGCACGUAUCCCUUGUGUGCGGGCUACAGGAGGUAGGAGAGGUCGAGCAGUUUUUCAGCACCAUCCUGGUUCCGCAGCAGCGACGGAACGCAACCGCUGCUGCUUGUGAAUAG